UCACACACGCGCACACCAAACCCUUUGACACAGGCACCCGCGCACACCCUUUUAAUGAGCUCUCACUAGCGAGGGUAAUACGGCCCCCCACCAAUCGGUUGGAUAUACCUCCCCCCUAGCCUGCUUCUAUUGUUGCAGUGGUGACUGAUAGCUGAGCUGCAAAGUGGUACCCUGUGUAGGUGCUGAUUGUUGUCACCUCUACAAGGUUGAUGUGGGCAGAUUCGAGCGUCGCUGCCGCAAGACUGCUUCUGGUGGCGACACUGCUGCUGCUGGCAGCAGAAACGACGUCGGCUUUUGCGCCGGCGGCGGGAGCGGCUCCCGCUUGGUCGCUUCAUACGGCCGCUUCCGGCAGAAGCCGCAGAACGAACAGCAGCAUGAGCAGCAGCGGUCGUGUCGGGGGCUGUGCCUCCAACAACGAGCUGGACAUGAUGGAUCGCAUACGGCGCGGUCUCGGCCCAUCCAGGCACGAAAGCAGGCAACUUGUACGCGGAUCCCACCGCCAUGGACCCUCCUCGUUGGCAGGCGAGAGAGCCGGUGCUGCUCCUACCAGGGCUAUCGCUAGGAGCGGGUCGCCGAGCCGCGUCUGCAUGUCCUCAGACGAACACGACGGCGACAGCGACGACGACAACGACGCCCGUUUUCCUUGGUCCCGGUCCUCCCACGGAAACGCCUUCGCUGCCGCGACGUGCUUUCGGGGGGGGGCUGCGUCUCCGGCAAGCAGCAGCACCAGCAGUGGUGGUGGCGAAGAUAGCGGUGGCAUCAGGCCCGCCAUUGCCGCCGCUGUGCAAAGUGUCGAUGCCGGGGGAACCCCCCGGAAGAAUCGCCUCAUGAUCGACUAUGUGGAGGAUGCGCUUGUCACCAUGUGGAGCCACAUGGUAAAUGUGGGGGUCCCUGUCUUCCAUCUGGGACGGUUUGGCUUCGGGCUGUCCCUCCUCUUUUACGGCAUGGCCUUCCGGACCUUCGCGUUCCACGUCAUCGUCUUCCGCAUUGCUGGAAUGAAGCAGGUGCAAAGGGCAGUCAGAGAGCUCGUGGGCAAUUACGCCAACGCACGGAGGUCCAUCCGCGAGGCAGCAAAAGCAGCGGAGACGGUGGGAGAACGAGUCGUCAAGGGCGAUGACCUUCAGGCGGCGCGCGAAAGGAUGAUUGAGGAGAAGAAGCGGCUACUCUCGGACGGCUUCCUGAGCAAACGCGAAACAAUCUACUUCAUGAAGAAGUACAGGGCGGAGCUUUUGCGGAUCAAAGAAGAACAGGAGCUGUUCCAGUCCGCGAGGAGCUCGGUGUUGUCGCUCCGGAGCUCGGUCGGCCCCAGGCAAGCUAGAUCCAGUUUCAACGGCGUCUACAAUGCGCUCAUCGCCUCCUUUACGGCGUCGACCAUCCAGACGGCGGGGCAGUUUACACUUGGCCUUCACAUCGGCAACCUUCUCAAGGCGAGUUAUCUGCUUACUCAUGUGCUGGACCUGUUCGGGCCCAUCAUUGAUCCCAUCGGCUACCGCCUGGAUCUCAGCCCGUACUUCGAUGAGGAGGACAUCCCGUACAUGGGCAAGGCCAACGCGAUGGACGGACCGCGGAAUAUGGCUCUCAACAUCUUCUGCUACAGCGUCGUCUUUAUCGUGUUCCAAGUGCACCCUUCCGUGGCCCUCAAGCUCUCCAUGGUGUACUACGGUGCUCGAGUGGUGACGGACUACGUCGUCCUUGUCACCGAGCCAGCACGCAGGAAACUUGGGCAAAUGACGAUAGUGCACACGCCUUGGAGUGCCGUCAUCCACGCCGGACUGACGAUCUUGGGCUACUGCUGCCACAGAAACGUUCUGUACACGGCCGAAGUCCCUGGAUUGCACCCGCUGGCUGUGGGACCAGGAGCCGUGGGGCUAGUGGAACCUGUCGUUCGGUUUGCCGUCAAGAUCAGCGAGAUCCUGAGCCACAUCGAGUUCUUCAAGUGCAAGUUCGUCGAAGACCCUGUGGAGAUGGUAAAACACAUGACUGGCCAUCGAAAGGUUUCGGUGGGCCCUGUGGAGUUUCUCAAAAAACUCGUUCGCCGUGGAGAGUAGUGCCGACUUGGCCGUACCUCCGUGCGUUCAAACGCCAAAAUUUCGUGGUGUUGUUUUGAUCUUGACAUUGUAAAGCAUCUUACCUCCGGAGAAGAACGUUGUCGUCGAGUGUUGAGGGACGCAUUUGGUGCGUCAACAUGGUCACGGAGAGGUACAUGGUAUACAAUACAGAUAAUAGGGCGGAGAUAAGCAUCGCGGUGAUAUCCAUCCGGUGCCAAACGAAAGGAUAGAGGCAACAAUCAGGGUCCAGAAGGGACGGCGCAGGGUUGGUUGUGUUGGACGCGAAUCAGCGUUGGUAUUGCUCCGAGACCGAGUGCAAGCGAGGGCGAGUUUCUCUCGGGGUCCACCCUGCCGGCGCCGAGGGGGAUGUCGCGUUCUACUUUUGUAAGUACUUGUAGAUGUGGGGACUGCCACAUAGUAAUUGGCGUCAAGGGAAUCGAGUGCUUCCCGCUCAUGCGAUUAAGCCUUCGAGGCAGAAGUGUAGAGAUCGUAAACCGAAUAAUUCUGGAAUGUCAUGUACUCGCCGUUUCUCUUUAUACCGUAAGAGUCGGAGAGUUGGCACCGGUCGGAGAGAU